AUGGGCUUUACAGCUGCGAAAUGUGUUCUUGAAAAGUGUGGUCCGAAGAAUGUGAGUUACCCUUUCUGGAUUCACAAUUCUCAUUGUGGACAUCCUGGUUUUCAGAUCAAUUGCACAAAAGAUGAAGAUACUGGGAUGCUCUCUCCAUUCUUUACUGCCUUUGGAGCUAAUUCUACAGGUAGUUUCGCUGAUAUAUUGGUGCGAGAAGCUACUUUGACCUACAAUCAGGUGGGCCUUUCACUCUUUCCAAGUCCAUUCGGUACCUGCAGUAUUGGGGAUUUGGGAGAGGCGAGAUGUGUAACAAUGAAUCUUCAAAGUGAUCAACCAUGCUGCCGCUAUGGCUGCUGCGAAAUUAACCUCCCUGAUAAUUUGCCCUUUGUAAAUUUCACUGGCGGAGGUAGCUUUCCAUUGCCCAACCAGAACGAAAGACGUGGUUCCGCGUGUGGCUUCUCCACCAUAAUGGAGCCAUCCACCUUCACCAUCGUCGACAACAAAACAUACCUCUUUUCGGUAGAUGUCAACGGCAGCUUGCCUUAUUAUGGUCUCCGUCUUAACUCGGGUAUCGGCCUUGAGAAUUGUUCCACGGCUAAAGCAACAGUUAAUUAUUCUUGCUCCUCCAAUGCAGAAUGCCUCGACUCGCCUUCAGGGAAAGGGUACGUAUGCAAAUGUCACCCUGGGUAUGAAGGAAAUGGUUACUCCAAUGGCACCGGUUGCACAGGAUAUGUGGGAGAUGGCUUUGCAAAUGGGACAAGAUGCAAGUCCACAAGUUCAAAUCGCCUUAUCUUUGAUGCAAGCAUAGGAUCCGUCUCUUCACUUGUGGUUGUCUCGUUAGCAGCAACCCUUUUGGUUUGUUGGCUAAAGAAACGCCACUUGAAACUUGUGGAGGCCAAGUAUUCUCAGCUGUUGCAGCAGUACAUAGCUUCUACCCUUGGGAGAGAAAGCCUGAGAAUUUUCUCUUCCAAAGAAUUAGCAAGAGCUUCUAGUUAUUAUUCAAAUGAAAUGUUGUUGGGAAGUGGUGGCUUUGGAACUGUGUUCAAAGGCAAUUUGUUAGACGGUACUCUUGUAGCCAUUAAAAAGUCAAAGCAAGCUUUAAAUGUAAAGGAAGACCAUGAGUUUCUUAAUGAAGUCACAAUUCUCUCCCAAAUAAAUCACAGAAAUAUUGUGAAAGUGUUUGGGUGCUGCAUCCAAACUGAAUUCCCAAUGUUGGUAUCUGAAUUCGUUCCCAAUGGAACACUCUUUGACCAUUUACACUCCGAAGAGAAGUAUUUGCCUUGGGCGUCACGUCUGCAAAUUGCAAUCGAGACGGGGGAGGCUUUGGCAUAUCUGCAUUCUGGAGCAUUUCAGCCCAUCUUCCAUCGAGAUAUAAAAUCGUCUAAUAUUCUUCUGAAUGAGGGACUCUCUCCCAAAGUUGCAGAUUUUGGGAUUUCUCACCUCAUCUCUACUUCCAAUAACACACAUGUCACCACUAAUAAUAUAAAGGGCACAUGGGGUUACUUGGAUCCCGAGUACUUCGAAACGUUUCAACUUACCGAGAAAAGCGAUGUUUACAGUUUUGGUGUAGUUCUGUUGGAGCUUUUAACAGCUCUGAAACCCAUCUCUGUAGAAAGGGACAGCAGCGUGAUGAGUUUAUCAAGUCUUUUUCUGUCCAGAUUCAACAACAAUCGCCUGACAGAAAUCUUAGAUAACAAAUUAUUGGAGGAGGAAAACCUGCAAGAGAUGGAAGAUAUGGCAAGAAUAGCAAGAGAAUGCCUUCAUCUUUAA